CAUGAAAAACGGUGAAAUAUCGCUCUCGCGCAGUUCAAGCGAAUCAAAAGUUUUCUUUCUUUUUGCAAAUUCCAAUUCAACGAAAGGAAAAUAUUCUCUUCCUCACCUCGGCUCAAAUUCGUUUUAACUUUCCCACGGUAUUGGUCGCUGUUCGUCAUUUUGCGUGCAUUUUUGUUGGCCGUCCAAAAACCGCAGAAAAAGAAAAAAUAAUACAAAAGUUAUUCUAGAAUUUUCCUCUCAAAAAAAAAUCAUAAAAGUGAAACCGACAUUUUCCAAUAAGAAAAAAAAAUCUCCCUGAAAAGGUAUCAAAACUUUUAACGGUAUAGAAUUAUUGUUGUUUUUGUUUGCGGUCGCAUGAAAAUUGAAAGUUCGUAAAAACAAAAUUUGCAAAUCGAUUUGUUUCGUGUUUUUUUCUUUUCAACUUCCACUUCCAUUCCAUUAUCAUCACCAUUGGCUUUGGCUACUCUACUCCCUCUAGCUCGUGUGUGCUGUGUCGGUGUCCCGCUGCUCCUCAUUUUGUUGUAAAUAAAUUGUGCCGUAAUCACAAAAUUAUUCCACUUGAAUUUCUUGUAGGUGAAAAUUUGAUGUAGAAAAAUAUAUAAACAAACAAAACCCGGAAAACCGCAGCUCCUACAAAUACAAAUCGCAACGUUCGGGUUGUUGUUCGUCCACGAAUAUUGCUUCAAGUUUUCUUCGUCUCCACCUGGACACCCCCAGAGCAUAAAAAAGGAUACUUUACGUGAAUAAGGUAAGGGCGAUUCCGAAAUGUUCUUGAAAAUGCUUUAGUGUAUGCGCAUUAUCAUCACUUGCUCACCACAUUACAAAAACGAAUUAACUACAAAACUUACAACAUCGAACAAUCAAACUCGAAAACUACAAAUAUGUCCUCGAAAUCACCGCCGCAAUCACAAGAGGACAAUAGCUCCUCACCAACAAUGAAUCAGACAAAUAACAACAGUAACAACAACAACAACAAUACCACUCAUACGGGUCCGAACAGUGGCACAAAUAGCGUUGACAAACUCUCUCCUGAUCAAGACAUCUUUAUAAAUCCUGUAGAUGGCCUUCCCUCUCAGCAUCCAACCUUACCCGAGUUGGAUGCUUCAAAUGAUCGCAACGAAGUAGAUUUGGACUCAUUCGAUGAUCUGCCCACCUCGAUAAUUGUAACGAACAUCCACUCCGAAGUUUUUACUAGUGAUCAAAUGAAGGCACAAAUGGAAGAUCUUUUUAAGACUUUUUCCGAAGCGGCUACGUUCCAAUGGCUGCGUAGCUUCCGAAGACUGCGCGUGAAUUAUGACAAUGCAAUCGAUGCGGCCAAUGCCCGCAUCAAGUUGCAUCAAUUCGAAUUCAAUAAAAAGACCAUUAUAAACUGUUACUUCGCACAGCCUGUGACGCCUGUGUCACACAAGAAUCUCCAACCACCGGCACCGGUAAAGCAGUUUCUUAUUUCUCCCCCAGCGAGUCCCCCAGCCGGAUGGGAACCAAGGGAAGAGAAUGAGCCUUUGGUGAAUCACGAUUUGUUGGCGGCGUUGGCCAGCCUCACCCCUGGUGAGAGCCACGAGCUACAUCCACAGAGCGAAGACCAGCCGGCAAUAAUUGUGCACACAGCUAAGUUGCAAGAUAGCAGUGGCGUUGCGGCAGCAGCCACCAAGCAGCCCAUAGUUCACACCAAAUGCCCUGAGCGAGCGUAAAACUGUACACUAAAUAAUAAUAAUGUAUUCUUUCGAACCAUCAGAUAAAGGAAUUAUAGAAUUUAGAGGUUUACUACACACAUAUAUAUAUACAAAACAAAAACAUAUAUACAAGAAAAAGAUAUACAUAUACAAAAAAGGAAUAACCUUAUAAAUCGAAUAAAACAGAAUUAUAUCCUAGAAACAAAAUUUGAUGAAAAUUUAAAAAAAAUGUUAUACAUUUUUUUGUGCUAAAAAUAUUAAAUAAAAAUAAUAUGUUUAUUCGGAAAAAGAAAUUGUAGGUAUUUUAAAUGAAUUUUUAAUAAAUGGAAUAAUAUUUAAAAACAAAAAUUGAUAUAAUUGUUAUUGUAAAUGUAAAUAAUGUUGAAUUAAUAAAAAUAUCAAAUAUGUACUAAAUUUCCAUAAGUGAUGUGAAAUUAAACUAACACAACAAAUGUAUCCAAAAGAGAAACGUUUUGUUUAAAAAAAAAUAUAAUAAAAUUAUACAAAUAAUUGAAAUUAACGUUUUAAGAAAAUAAGAAAUUAUAUUACAAAUUUUUUUUGUAAAUAUAAAUAUUUUUUUAUACACACAUAACAUAAAGUACAUGAAGCAUUAUAACAUAAAGUAUUUGUUUGAAUUUAGAAACAAAAUUAUUUUGUGUAGGUGAAGAUAUUAAUUUUAAAACAAUAUUUAAUAUAAAAAAAACAAAUUUAAAACAUUUGGCUGUUGAAUUGAAAUACUAAGCAAAACUAAAUACUAAAACAAUUAAAUAAAGAGUUUUUUUUAUUUAUAUUAAAUUUAUUUUUAAAUUAUUUGUUUCCCUUAUUUAAUAAAUAUACGUAAACGUUCGCUUCAGCUCAAUACGCACAUUAAUUUGAUUGAAAACAUUAAAAUUUGUUUCUAAAUAUUGAUAAUUAAUGAGUAAGCUGUUGAUACUGACUACCCGCUUAAGAUUUAAAAAAAACAAUUUCUAAAGAGCUAUCCAAAGCAACCACUAGUUUUUUUUCUGUCAUUUGAAAAGCUUUAAAUUCUUUUUUGAGUUACUUUCUUAUUAAAUUGGACUUAAAGAAGUUUAAAUUUGGUAGUGAGUACUUCCACUUCCACCUUCAUUUUUAAUCAUUUCGUAAGAA